CCAUGGGGAAAAUGUGGUGGCAUCAUGUGUGUGGUGCAUUUGUGUUCCUCACUGUCAGCCUGAUUUCCUUCACACCACCUUGUGAUGGAGGGAACAUUCUGGUGUUCCCUGUAGAUGGCAGCCACUGGAUCAAUACGAAGAUCCUGCUAGAGGAGCUUCAUGCCAGAGGACACAACCUCACUGUGAUAAGAGCAUCCACUAGCUGGUACAUACCAGAGAAAUCUCCUCUCUACACAUCCAUUACCAUCCAAAUGGAAGGUCAAGGAAAUGCUUUUUAUAUAUUUCUGCAAGAGCAACUGAAGGUAUGCAACUGUGAAUGUGUAUAA